ACUUUAUUUAUUGUCUUGUCAUAUUAUUUCGAAAAUUAAACCCAAACACACCAAACCAAAUCAAAUCUGACUUUCCAAAUCGCUCUCUUUCUCUGUUCAAAUUUCAAUUUCAAUUUCAAAAUUAGAAUUACCCCCAAAUCUAUCUUGUUCUUCAUUUUUUUAUUUUAAUUCUCACCUUUCUUUGUUCUCACACUGUUGUUAGGGUUUUCUUUUUCCACUUCACGAAACCAUGCUCAGUGAUGAUUCUCUCUAGCUCUGCGUUUUCUCUCUAUAGAAAGACGUUUUGGUGAAUUUUAGUUUGGUUCACCGUGCGAAUUGCUUUUCCCACGUGGCUGUGGUGGAGUUGUGUCGGUUUUGUUGGCUGAGGGGGUGCAAUUAGGGUUUCUCCGUGUUGGAUUUGGUUUUUGCGGGGGAUUUGUGAUGGGGUUUUAGGUUUGGGGGGAAAGGUGUUUGUUUUGGGCGGGGAGAUUGCUAGGUGAAGAGAAGGGAUGUUUUAUUCUCAGUUUAUUUUGGCCAAGAAAGGGCCACUUGGGACCAUAUGGAUAGCUGCGCAUUUGGAGAGGAAGCUCCGCAAGAAUCAGGUGGCUGACACUGACAUUGGUGUAUCCGUAGAUUCCAUUCUUUUCCCUGAAGUACCAAUUGCACUCCGUUUAUCCAGCCAUCUUUUGCUUGGUGUGGUGAGGAUAUAUUCUAGGAAGGUGAAUUACCUUUUCGAUGACUGCAGUGAAGCUUUGCUUAAGAUAAAGCAAGCUUUUCGCUCCACAGCAGUUGAUUUGCCACCGGAAGAGUCCACUGCACCUUACCAUUCCAUCACCUUACCUGAGACUUUCGAUCUUGACGAUUUUGAACUGCCAGAUAGUGACAUUCUUCAAGCUAACUAUGUUGAUCACCAUGUCAGUACUAGGGAGCAGAUUACACUGCAAGAUACUAUGGAUGGUGUGCUUUACUCUACUUCACAGUUCGGCUUGGAUGAGCGCUUUGGUGAUGGUGAUGCUUCUCAAAUUGGGCUAGACCUUGAUGAGGUUUUAUUAAAUGACAAGCCUACUACUUUGGAGCAUGAUGACUUUGGUGCUAGUCUUCAAAUAUCUCAUCAAAACGAUGAAAAGAAAGAGGAGAUUGAUGAUUUACCCACCACUGGUGAAAUCCGUGAGUAUGCUGAGGGUCCAUCUACCCCCGGACUUCAAGAGCCUAACCUAUUUGGAACUCAGAUGGAUCAGGGCAAUAAUGAAGUUGAUUGUCCUAAUUCAACUGAUUUAAAAUCAAUGGAGACCACACAAAUCGAAUUGUUGCAUCACCAAAAGGAUAACGAUGUAAAUGAUUGCUCCUUGCAAAGUAAUGGGAAUCAUAUUUCUUUAGAUUUGCAUCAUGAAGAUAAAGGUUGCAAUCUGAUUGAAAUGGAUGGAAAGAGAGAGGAGCAAGGGCAUUUAGAAUGUCAUGUUGUAAUCAAGGAUCAAGAAAAUUUGAUGCAUGAAGAUCAUUCCUUAGCAUCCUUACCCUUAUUGGACUCUUCCAAUAAAGAGUUUCCUGCCACCGUGUUACCAGAAUGUGAAGGUGGGAUGUUCAAUGCAUCUGCUGUUCAUGACAAAAAGGAGGACUUGCAAGAUGGAGUUUUGAUGAACAGUGACCCAGCGACUGCUCCUUUGGACCAAACUGUUACAAACUGUGUUGUUUCUUCUCCUUUGACCAGCAAUGAAAAUGUUGUUUCUGAUCAAGAAAACAUCUCAUGUAAACCAUUGUCUAACAUGGGUGGGUCUCAGGUGCCAGGAUCAGGUGGUCAUUUGGAGGAUAGUAGCACAUCAUCAAAGCAUGAAGUUCUGAAUGACAUUGAAAUUUCAAAGAGUGACAGACAAUCCUGUCCAUCUGAUGAUGCUCUAGUAUCCAAUCUUAUUAGUCCACUAGGAUCACCUGGAAGACCUGAAGUUGUUGUUGAUGUGGAAGGUCAGGCUUCUCGAGAACUGAAGGAAGGUGAGGGUUUAAAUCAUGUAUCAGUUGAGGCUGUGCAGCCCACUAAAUCUCUCCUUCAACCAUGCACCUCCCAUCCGGGCCAGCCUUCUCUGUCGUUUAUUGAAGGUGAAAAAGGUCAUGUAACUGAUGUUUCAAAUCCUUCUUUAAGUUACCAAGAGACUAUAGAGUCAUCCGUACCUAAAGAAACACCUGGUUAUGGGAAAACAAAUAUGGAACUUGAGAGUCAGAUAUUUAGCAAUAAAGUAGAAAGCAUAAAUAGAUCUGCUGUUACUGACAUGCCAGAGCCUGAAAAAUUGCUCUCCUUAGCUUACCAACAUGACGGUGAAGCAAAUGAUUUGCUGAUGGCAUCUACUCCUGACAACCAGGGUGCAACUGAAGGGCAUGCAGGCCUUGCUGGGGUAAACGGCAUUUCUGGUAAAAAACGUAGCUUCACAGAAAGUACUCUUACAGUGCAGAGUAUGGAUUUGAUGGAGUCUUACGGGGGAGCUCAAUCCAAGACAACAGCCGAGUCUGUUCCCGAGGAUGACGAUUUAUUGUCAUCCAUAUUAGUUGGUAGAAAAUCUUCAGUUUUGAAAAUGAAACCCAGCCCUGCUGCCCCUGAAAUAGCAACAAUGAAGCGGGCUCGUUCUGCACCUCGAACUAGUGCCCUGAAGAGGAAGGUGCUUAUGGAUGAUAUGAUGGUCUUGCAUGGCGAUACAAUACGUGAACAGUUGACAAAUACUGAAGACAUCCGUCGUGUACGGAAAAAAGCUCCUUGCACUAGUAAUGAGAUUUUAAUGAUUCAGAGACAAUUUUUGGAGGAUGAAAUUUUCCAUGGAUCGAUAUUUACAGAUUUGACUACUGAUUUUACUAUUCUGCGAAAUGAGACAAUUGAUCUGACUGGAAUCAAGGUUUGUGAUUAUGGUAUGGAUAGUUCUUUCAUAGAAAAAACAAAUGAUCAAGAGUCCUAUUCUAGAACAAAUACCGAAGUUCAUGGAGUGGUGGGGAGUAAUGAACCUAUGGCAGUCCAACACCAAGAAGAUGCAGAAGUGCAACCUCCUGAGAUACCUGUUUUGCCUGAGAGUCAUCAAUCUGAGGUUAAUUUGGGAUCUCAUGAUGUUGAUGCUCACAGGCACACAACUCAUGAGCCUAUGGGUGUUCAACUCCAAGAAGACGCAGGGGUGCAUACUACUGAUAUACCUGUCUUGUCUGAGAGUCAUCAUUCUGAGGUUAACUUGGGAUCUCAUGAUAUGGAUGCCCACGAGCACACAAAUGUUGUUUCUCAUGUGGAGGAGCUUGACAAUUCUCAAAAUGUUGAAGUAAACCAUGUUGGAGGAAAUAUUGCAGUUUCUGAAGCAGAGAAUUGCUCUGCUGGUCCCGUGCACGAAUCUACAUCCUUAACUGAAGUCCUUGAAAAUGAUUUCACCACAUCACUGACUCUCAUGGAUAAAACUAAUGAUCUCGUUGGUUCUAUUCAUUCAAAUAUUUUGAGCAUCCCAAAUGCUGAGAAUUUGAAUACAAUCCCUAUUCUAGAGGAUGAGUUUGGGCAGGACCAGAGCGAUAGAAAGGGAGUAGGUGCUAUUGAGCUUACCAUGGAAACUGGAACAGAAGUUCAAACAGAUGGUUUUGAAGCCAACGAUUUGUAUGCUUCCUUGGCUACUGGUUCCAAAGAAACUGAUGGAUUUACUGAUAUUCAAGCUUCCUUUAGUGGUGAUCUACCAUCAGAGGAAAAUGGAAACAGCAUGCUAGGGCAGUUAAAUGAGAGUCAAAUUGUUGCUUCUGCCAUGGAGUGUGAUGACAAGGGUGCAAGGUCUGACAGCAUAUUUAUAGAAAAUGCUAAAGUAGACUGUUUACAAUCUGAAGCUCCCAGUGUAGAUGAAAAAGAGAGUUCUUUGAAAGAGGAAGAAAACCUAGUUUUUCAGGAAGCGGGACUACAAAAUACAAUGUACCCUGAAAUUAGGAGUCCCUAUGUUGAACAGAAUGAUGAAAAUUACACGAUUGCUAAUGACACAGGGUUUUUGAAUGUUGGGGAUGAUGAGAUAAUUGAUGAUGAGGAGGAGGAUGAUCUUCAACCAUCUGCUGAAGGAACUCACCUAGAAAAUAGUGGAUGGUCUUCCAGAACCAGGGCUGUUGCCAAGUAUCUGCAGACUGUGUUUGAUAAGGAAGACCUUCAUGGAAGGAAGGAGCUGCAUCUUGACAAUUUAUUAGUUGGUAAAACAAAGAAGGAAGCAUCACGGAUGUUUUUCGAAACUCUGGUUCUCAAGACAAGGGAUUAUGUCCAUGUGGAACAGCCAAAACCCUUUGCCAAUGUUAGCAUAAAACCUCGAAUGAAGCUUAUGAGGUCAGAUUUCUGAAAUCUCAUGUAGUGGCAGAUAUAGUUGUAAAGAUCCAUUCGGUGGUAGUUUGGCUGGAAUAUGCCGGGUUGGGAUAAUAUUUUCAACAUUUCUCCCCAAUUCUGGCUAUGGUUUUUCAUUUAUAAUUUUUUGGAGAUAGGAUUUAGCUGUUCAGUUUUUAGUUCUUCAAAGGCUGGGGGGUUGAAGUGGCGCUUGUAUCACCCAAUUGAUUAUUCUGGGUCUUAAUGUAUAUAUAUAUUUCUGUAAAAUGUCACAAUUUGUAAUUUAAAGAUGCUAAUUUGUAUGCCGUUUAAACUCAUCCCUCCAAGAAUGAUAUCCUGCUUUCUAUAUAGGCGUCAGAUUUAUGUAACAGAAAGCACCUUGUAAUUUAACUGUCACUGGACAAGGAUCAUUUCUGUACUUUUAUUUGUAUAGUAUCUAAUAACUGUAUUUAAUAUUUAUCCUUUUUAAGAGUAUA